AUGGAGGAGUCAAAGCACUUCGUGCGAGACCGAGUCGUAGAGUUCUUUUUGACCAAGAAAGAAGUAGGCCCAUACUGGCCACAUCUCUUGAAGGAGAAAGUCAAGUAUCACUGGUUGAAGGUGGAUUUUCAUCAUUGGAGGGAUGAAGAUGAUUCUGAUGAUGACAUGGGCAUGGACAACCCCAGCUUUGAAGAGAUGAUGCGGAACAUGGGUGGGUUAAGCACAGGUGCAGGGGAUGCACCUGACCUGAAAGACCUGGAUGAGGAUGAAGACUCGGAUGAUGAGGACAUGCCUGACCUAGAGUGACAGAAUGAUUGAGCCCAUGUGUGGUCAUAUGAUUAAAGUCACCACCAUUGAUUCCGUGUAAGAGAACGCAACUUGAUGACGCUGUGAUUCUUGAUCCUCCUCAUCCAAAUGGAGUAUCUCCAGUGACAUUACAGUGGAUGGCUCCAAUUUCUACUCUUUUUUUUUUUCUCUAUCUUUCCUUUAAUCAGGUAGCAACUGCAAAAUCCACAUGGUCAUUUCUGUAUACCCUGGAAAAAUCUGUUGCAGCUGCAAGUCAUAAUUUUGCAUACUGGUGUGUUUCCCAGAUCAUGCUUGGGGAUUCACUUUCUUUCAAUAAAAACCAUUCUUGUAUGAAUGAACAUA